AUGAUAAGGUCGUCUACAAUUACGGUACAUUGGCAUGAUGAGAACCAACCAGUUUAUUCGGUAGAUUUUCAACCGAAUUAUGAGGGUAUAAAAAGGUCAUCUCGACUAGUUACCGGUGGUGGAGAUAAUAAUGUCAGAAUAUGGAAAUUACUCUAUAAUACGGAAACAGGAGAUAAUACGGUGGAAUAUUUAACAACAUUAAGAAAACAUACGCAAGCAGUAAAUGUUGUGAGAUUUGACCCUAAGGGUGAAAUACUAGCGACGGCAGGAGAUGACGGGACGUUGAUACUUUGGACAUUGUCAGAUCAUAUUGUCAAGGAGUUUGGUGCAGAGGAAGAUGACGAGGUUCAAGAAUCAUGGGUCGUUAAACAUAUAUUUAGGUCUUCAACGUCGGAAAUAUAUGACUUAUCGUGGUCGCCCGAUUCUAGGUUUAUUGCAACUGGAUCAAUGGAUAACAUAACUAGAAUCUAUAAUGUUUCGACAGGACAACAGGUUGGACAGCUAGCAGAGCAUAAUCAUUAUGUGCAAGGGGUUGCAUGGGACCCACGAAAUGAGUUUUUGGCCACACAGUCUGCAGACAGAUCGGUACAUAUAUAUUCAUUGAAAAAAAAUGAAGAGAAGAAUGAUAUUCAGCUCAUCCCUACAACAUAUUUUAAGAUCACGAAGGCAGAAUUGCCAAGCUCGAAGCUAUCAAUAUAUGAUGAUGCACAGAAAAAGUCUAUGACAGAGAUAGACAAUAUUGAUGAGCUUGAUAAUGAACCAAAAGAAAGUAAGCCUGCGACCCCCAUGAGUCCUCCUUCGAUCCAUAGUGUCCAAAAUGUCAAGUCUCCCGCCAAACAGGUCAAGAAGACUUUAUCCAAUGACACGCUACCAGCCGUGAGACCUAUAUCUACAAAUCCGAAAUCAUCGAUAGGAAUAAAGAAUUCGCUAUUAUAUCACUCGGAAACGUUACAAUCUUUUUUCAGACGAUUAACAUUCUCUCCAGAUGGAAGUCUACUCUUGACUCCUCUGGGUAUCUUCAAAACAGACUCAAAUUCAAAGUCACCAAAUAAGGCAGAAGGCAGCGAGGACAUAACCAACACAGUGUAUGUUUAUAUUAGAUCAGGGUUAAACAAGUCGCCUAUCUGUCACAUACCGGGUUUAAAGAAACCAGCAAUAGCCAUAUCGUUUUCACCAAUUAUAUAUAAGGUAAAUGAAAAAUCUGGAAAGAAGCCGGUUUUCAAGUUACCAUAUAAAAUGAUUUUUGCAAUAGCCACCCAAGAUUCAGUAAUAAUAUAUGAUACAGUGAAUCUAAAGCCAUUAGGCUUCGUUUCAAAUUUACACUAUUCGACAAUUACUGACUUAUGUUGGAAUAAAGAUGGACAAAGCAUUAUUGUCAGCUCUGCUGAUGGGUUUUGUUCAAAUAUAGCAUUUGAUAACGGAAUUUUUGGUGAAGUUCAUGCAAAUUCGAGUGAUAAUAGGAAGUUCUGGGAAUCAAACUCAAACUCAAACUCAAACGGUAAUGGGAAUACCAUUGUUGAACAACAUGAGACCGAAAAGGUGGAUAACGGUAAGGUACCAACGGGAAAAGACUCUGAUAAGAAUGAUAAAAAAACCAUAAUCAAUAUGCUUAAAGAGAAUGAAGUAAAGCUACAAGAUCCAACUUCAAGUAACCAAUCAGCGACUGAUAAACAACAAUUUUCUAUAGAUCUGUUUAGAGCGAAGCCAAUAGAGAAGCAAGAUUCGGAACAAUUGAAGAAGAAAAGGAAAAUAGUCCCUACAUUAAUAACUAAAUAA